UUACAAUCGUCCUUUAAGACAGCAAAAAGAUCAUCAGAAGGGGUCUGAGAUGAGCUGAAUUGUUUUUUUUUUUUUUAAAAGUAAUUUAAGUACACUUUUAGAAUAUUAAAAAAUGAAAAAAUUACUGAGGAACAGCUGCAUUCCAGGAUUUUUCUUUGAUAAACUGAUGCGAAUGUCUUCCUUUCGAUUUUUAUUUUAUUUUUUUUAAAAAGUAAUCCAUCCUUCUUUAGCUCUUAACAGAGCAGCUGAAAGUUCAUUUGCGGGUCUUAAUUUCUUUAUCCAUUUCAAUCCGAAUAAAUAAUACUCAGAAACAUUUAUGAUUUUAUAAAAGAUGAGCCCGACCAAGGAUAGACCCAAAAGGCGAAUCCGCCACUCUUCCCCACCCACACCAUCCCGAACCGCCUCCUUCUCCUCCACACCCGACUCAUCACAUCGUCGAUCUACACUCGCCCAUUCAGCCACUCUCCAAGACCGGGAGGUCCUGACUGAAGAAGAUACUUUAACACUCUUUGAAGACCUCCAAAUCUCUGAAAAAUACACCAAGUUUUCAAGCACUGAACCAAGAAGCUUUCCUUACAGUGUCAAGCAGCAAUGUUGGGAUAAGGCUGAGAAAGUUAAAGGCCGUGACCCAGAUCGAUGGCGACGUGACCCACUUGGUAACAUUGUGUUUAGAAAGCUUGUUGGUUGUCCUGGUUGCUUGUGUCAUGAUUAUGAUCACAUUGUUCCUUACUCUAAGGGGGGCAAAAGCACACUGGAAAAUUGCCAGGUUUUACAGGCAACAGUUAAUCGAUCAAAGGGAAAUAGAACCGAGCUAUCCAGAGCUGAUCUCAUUCAGAGAAGUUCGUAUUGCCGCGUAGCAGGACGCGACAUGGAUCUUAUUGAACUGUCAGCCUAUGGCAAUGUACGACACGCGCAAGAAUCAGGAGGUUGUAGAAUUCAAUGAACAAGUAGCUAUGGUAACUUGUAAAACAGGCUUCAAGACGAAGCAAAGGAAUUUGUACAUCUUGUUAUACAAUUACAUAUUGGAAACCUUUUGUUCAAACUGCAUAGAUCUUAUCCAAUUUCCUUUUGUUGUUAUGUUAAGCAAGUCAUCUGCAAGAAAUUCUUGUCGUGGUAGAACUGUAAAGGUUUAUUUAUUGAAUGGAAAUAACCAGAAUUUGAUUGUG